AUGGAAAUUGCGAAAAAUGUGCGCGACUUCCUUGUGGGAAUGAAGGAGACAUUAUCUCCUGAGGAAGAUCAACUAUUGUCAAGUUUGCAGACACUGCAUGAGAAGUACCUUGAUAUUAUGGAGGACUUUUCAGUAGAAGUUUCUGAGAAGGCGCUGAGUAUGAGUCCAGAGUCUCGUAUGGAAGCCCACCAGCUACGCCUCAAGAUUUAUCAAGACUGGCGUGCCAGACUCAUGGAGCGCGUGUUUGACAACUCGAAAGAGAUUGCGUCGGCUGAAGACGCAGAGUCACACGUGCCUGACUGUGACUGUUGUUUCUGCGAGCUUAGACGACGGCUCGACAGCUACGAGAUGGUGACGGCCGACUACAUUCAAGUGAAUACACGGAGCAAGAACCCUGAGAACGACUCUGCCGAGCCCUUCCAGCUGCCGGACUUUCUGACCACUUAA